UAAAAAGUAUUUGAUUGCAUUACUUUUCAUCUUUUUAAUCAAAAUUCAAAAAUAAAGUUCCCUUGUUCCAAAAUUAAAAAUGAGAAAUUUGAACCCCAUAAGGCGAUUUAAAUUCCCACUCCAAUAAUUAUUUUCGGCCACCACUAGACUACCAUGACAAACAGGGCAAGAAAAAACAAGUCUCUGUGCAAGAAAUCUAUGACAAUGGUGGCAAACAUUCUCAGACUGUCUUCCCUGUAUUUGGCGACUAUGACUUUGAGAUCCCAACCGAAGCUGGAUGGAGGUGGCAGGAAUUUCAUGCCUCGGCCUCCCGACACUGCCGUGGAUGUUUCAUCCAUGACAGCGCCUAUAAGGCAACCGUCGCCACGAGAUGUGGAGCUGCAUUCGGAUGAUCAGAUGGAUCCAGCAAUCAACAAUAUUGAUGAAAGAGCUUGGGGUUUUAUAACAAGGAUUUAUGAGAAGAACAGAAGGCAAUUGAUGAACAGUGCCUAACCAAAACACUUCCCGUAAUUAUUACCUGAUGCGCGCCCCCGAAUAAGUUCUUCUCUCUCUUUUCUUUUCUUUCUCUCUCUUUUUUUUUUUUGAAUUCUGGACUAAAUUAUGGAAAGCAAUUUUCUUUCUGUCUCUUGAUCCAACUCAUCCAAUUUAGACCUUUCAUUUCUAUUAAUAUAAUUAAGCUACUUAG